AUGGGAGAUGGGGUGCGUAUACGCUGGUCCCAGGAGGCCCCGCAGGGGCCCGAGGGCUACGAGUCGUGCUGGGGCCUGGACAACGUACUCCUGGUCAAUGCUGCUCACAGACCCCCCCUAUUGGAAGAUAAUCUGGACCCCCCAGACACAGCCAACUGGCUCUUCUUCCCUGGGGCUACCGUCAAGGUAGGAUGCUCUUCUUCUUCUUCCUCUUCUUCUUCAGGGUUUAAUGGCAGUUUGCAAAUCAUAUUUUUAGACGAGUUGCUGCCAAGGUAAUCAAGUUGCCCUCACCAAAAUACUGUUGCUUAACUACUAGGACCGGGAGUUUUUACCGGUCAGGUCACGUGGUCAAAGAAAAACUCCUGGCUCUACAGUGUAACACUUCACCAUGUACAAGACCUACUGUAAAGUAAUACAGUAUUAUUAUACUAUAUUGUCAUCUGUAUUGAUGAUGUUUGACAGUGUCAUUUCACUUCCUUCUUUCCCAGCGUGCCUGUCAGUCGGAGGGCAACACCCUGUAUUUCCAUGGCAACAACGAGGAGGGGGUUGGCCACACUUUCGCCUCCACCCGAGACAUCGACCUCCACCGAGAGGAGGGGCGGAGCUACUGGGAGGAGGACUUUGAGAGUCUGCCCACCAAGUGAGACAUAGUGAUGUCCUAAUCAUAAUCAUCAUCAUCUCUCUGUCUCCAUCCCUCUAUCUCCAUCUCUCCCUUGCUAUAUCCCUUCCCAUAUCAAAAACGUUCUUUCAUCAUCACCAUGACCAUCAUGGAAGUGCUUUUUAUUCUGGGCUUAACCUGGGUCUUGGAAACUGUGAAUCUGUCACUCACAAGGCUUAUCUCAUUCCCAUGAUACUAUAUCUCAUCUGUCAUUUAUUUUAGUUCAGAGGACCUGUCUAUGUCAGUUGAAACCUGUCUUUUGUCACACGUGUCAUAUGUCAUGCGUCAUGCAUGGCUCAAGCAGAUCCUGCUGAGGACUAGAACAGGUGUCGCCUCCCUGUCCAUACUCCAUCUGUCACAAACACAGGAACGUGUCAUCAGAAGGAGAGACAGAAACUGCUGAGACAGGACUGCUGUUCCAAUGUAACCCUUCUCUGUGUGUGUGUGUGUGACUGGUACCUUGAGGGGGCAGUAUAUGGGACCCAGUGUGCAGAGAUAGAGUCAGCCAUGGCCCUGGUGUUUAACCCCCCCCCCCCCCCCCCCCCCUCUCUCUCUCUCUCUCUCUCUCUCUCUCUCUCUCUCUCUCUCUCUCUCUCUCUCUCUCUCUCUCUCUCUGUAGCUGGGACAUCGAGGGGGCUGUGUAUGGGACCCAUUGUGGGGAGAUAGAGUCAGGCAUGGCCCUGGUGUUUGAGAGGGAUGGAGAGAGGAAGAUAUGUACUCCCUACCUGGAUACCACCUCCUUUGGAAACCUUCGGUUUUACUUCACCAUGGGUAAGAGUCACCUACCACUGACACAGGCUCUUUCUCAAUUAUGUAAAAAGAUGUCAUCUCCUUGCCUUUGUACUGACCUGUUGAGCUUCCACCAUAUUGUUUUCACCUGUCCAGUAUUUUCCAAUCAGUGAAGAUGAAGGGGAGGGACAAGGAGCGGACAAAUAUUAAGAACAUUGAGAAAGAGGCUAAUUCUCUGUUAGCUAAGCUGUCAGUCUUUUUCAGCUUGCAGCCAAACAUUUUCCUGACAAAGAAGACAUGCUUGUAUGUGUGUUUCCCUGCAGGUGGUGGGGAGUGUGACCCAGGAGAGUCCCAUGAGAAUGAUGUCAUCUUGUUUGGGAGGUCAGAGGGGAGACGAGACCUUGUGCUGUUGGAUACCCUGCCAUACUCUUCUUAUAGGGUGAGACUGCACACAUAACAUAGACCUGCUCUAUCUACUACAGUAGGCUGCUCUAUGAACUGAACAAAUUCUAACUGUAUUUUUCAUGUUUAGCUAACUAAAUGUAAAAUAUGUUGCUCCACCCAGCUUGGACCAUUUUUAAUUCCUCAACUGUGCUUCGUCUCAUCUCAUCUCCCCUCCCUCUCUCUCCUCUCCACCUCUCAAUCUUUCCCCCAUAUCACUCCUUUCCCCCUCCUCUCUCCCCCAACUCACCCCUCCUUUCCUCACCCUCCCCCCUCUCCAGCAGACUCCGUCAGUAGUGUCAGUAGCCCUGCCCACAGACCUCCAGACCCCGGUCACCCAGUUCUGCCUGGAGCAGCGGACACAUGGCGGUGCCAACCGCCACGUCUGGGCAGUAGACUUCAUGCAGCUGCUGCCUGUCCUUCCUGGCACACAAACCCAUGUAGCACAGUUCUCUAUUAACCUGGGCUGUGGGUCCUACCAGCCAGCCAACAGGUAAGAUAUGAUACGACCUGGACUCAAACCCAGGUCCAGCGACUUCCAACCCAGCAAUUUCGAUCGAACCUCGCUGCAAUAUGAUAUGAUACAAUAUUGAGUUGUCCAUUUCCAUCGGUGCCAAGUUUCAAACUUUUUUGUCUAGUUGUUUUUUAAUUUGCAUAAUUUUGAGGUGUAGAUCAGAUUUUUCUCUCUCUUUGUUAGUGUGAAUCUGGAGUUUUCCACCAAUCACGGUCGUUCCUGGUCGCUGCUUCACACAGAGUGUCUUCCAGAUUUGUGUGCUGGCCCCCACCUACCACACAGCACCAUCUACUCCUCAGACAACUACAGCGGGUAGGCACCACACACACACACACACACACACACACACACACACACACACACACACACACACACACACACACACACACACACACACACACACAUGCGCACACACAGAUUAGUGUGUCCCCAUAGAGAUACAUUCAAUUACUACCUGUGUUUUAUUUAAAACGAUGUUCCUGUUUCUAUCUAUCUGUAGCUGGACUAGGAUCUCCAUCCCACUGCCCAACGCUGCCCUGACUGAGACCACACAGUUCCGCUGGAGACAGAGUGGCAUGGGUGCUGGCAACAUGUGGGCCAUAGACAAUGGUGAGAACCUUUUACACACACUGGUGGUCCUGUGUGGCUCGUCAAAUCAAAUCAAAUCAAACACUAUGUGUCACAUACACGUGUUUAGCAGAUGUUAUUGCGGGUGUAGCGAAAUGCUUGUGCUUCUAGCUCCGACAGUGCAGUAAUAUCUAACAAGUAAUAUCUAACAAUUUCACAACAUAUACCCAAUACACACAAAUCUAAGUAAGGAAUGGAAUUUAGGAAUAUAUACAUAUUUGGACAAGCAAUGACAGAGGGCAUGGACUAAGAUACAGUAGAAUAUUAUAGAAUACAGUAUAUACAUAUGAGAUGAGUAAUGCAAGAUAUGUAAACAUUAUUAAAGUGACCAGUGUUCCAUUUCUGAAAGUGGCCAGUGAUUUCAAUAGGCAGCAGCAGCCUCUAAUGUUCUAGUGGUGGCUAUUUAACAGUCUGAUGGUCUUGAGAUAGAAGCAGUUUUUCAUUCUCUCGGUCCAGCUUUGAUGCACCUGUACUGACCUCGCCUUCUGGAUGAUUGAGGGGUGAACAGGCAGUGGCUCGGGUGGUUGAUGUCCUUGAUGAUCUUUUUGGCCUUCCUGUGACAUCGGGUGCUGUAGGUGUCCUGGAGGGCGUGUAGUUUGCCCCCGGUAAUGCAUUCGGCAGACCGCACCACCCUCUGGAGAGCCCUGCGGUUGCGGGCGGUGCAGUUGCCGUACCAGGCGGUGAUACAGCCCGACAGGAUGCUCUCAAUUGUGCAUCUGUAAAAGUUUGUGAGGGUUUUAGGGGCCAAGCCAAAUUUCUUCAGCCUCCUGAGGUUGAAAAGGCUCUGUUGCGCCUUCUUCACCACACUGUCUGCGUGGGUGGACCAUUUCAGUUUGUCUGUGAAGUGUACGUCAAGGAACUUGAAGCUUUCCACCUUCUCCACUGCGGUCCCGUCGAUGUGGAUAGGGGGGGUGCACCCUCUGCUGUUUCCUGAAGUCCACGGUCAGCUCCUUUGUUUUGUUGACGUUGAAUGAGAGGUUAUUUUCCUGGCACCACACUCUAAGAGCGUGGGUCUGGCGACGCUAAGUUGGUUGGUUCAAAUCCCGUAAUGAUUCACUUUCUAAAAACUCAAAAAGAAACCAAUUCCCAUCUUUCAAAGGUAUUAUAUUUCAAAGUCCAUCUAUGUAAUUUCUUAUAUCUCCCUUAUCUGUGUGUCUGUCCAGUGUACAUUGGUCCAUCCUGCCUUCGUUUCUGCUCUGGAAGAGGACACUGCUCCCGCACCGGCUGCAAGUAAGAACAGAACUGAAUGAAAAAAUGAACAAUAUCAUAUCUUCAAUUAAUUAUUCUCAUUCUCAAUAAUGCUGAUUCAUCAAAUGUCUUAGAGCUAAGAUCGUGAUCAAAUCAUUUUAUUUCUAUUUUUAUUUGUAUGUAUUAAUUUAUGUAUUAUUUUCUGUAUCUGGUUCCUUUCCCGUCUCUCUCUCUGUUUCUCUCCUCUGUCUCUUUUCUUUAUCUCUCUUUCCGUCUCUCUGCCUUCUUGUCUCUCUCUCUCAUCCCAAUUUUCCUCUCCCUCCCUCCCUUUCCUCAUAUUUCUUGUUCUUCUGUCCCCAUCUUUUCUAACCCCCCCAUAUUUCUGUCCCUCUCUCCACCUCCCUUCCAUCUCCCUCUCCCCCUGUUCCCUUCCCUCCCCCUCUCCUCCCACUCUUCCUUCAUCCCCUCCUCCCACUCUCCCCCCAUUCCCCCUCCCUCCCCGCCCCUCUGCUCCUGCAGGUGUGACCCAGGGUUUAGUGGUCCAGCUUGUGAGUUGGCAUCCCAGACAUUCCCUGCCUUCCUGUCCGAGGGCUUCUCCUCCCCCAGACUCUCCUCCUACCACAGGUAAACUAAAAGGAGAACAUGCUCAACGAUAGACAGUCAGUCAGAUGGACGGACGGACGGACAGACACACACACACAAAAAUGUUGGAUGUUAGGCACUGUGUUACAUUGCCAUUAGGAAAAUGUGCAAUUGUCCCCCCCCCCAUUUUUUUUUUACAAUUGUCUGAACAUUCUAUUUUGUUUACAUUUUAUGUUAUGUUAUGUUUAUGUUAUGUUUAUGUUAUGUUUAUGUUAUAUUUAUGUUAUGUUAUGUUUAUGUUAUGUUUAUGUUAUGUUUAUGUUAUGUUAUGUUAUGUUUAUGUUAUGUUUAUGUUAUGUUAUGUUAUGUUAUGUUAUGUUAUGUUAUGUUAUGUUAUGUUAUGUUAUGUUUAUGUUAUGUUAUGUUAUGUUUAUGUUAUGUUAUGUUAUGUUAUGUUUAUGUUUAUGUUUAUGUUUAUGUUAUGUUAUGUUAUGUUUAUGUUAUGUUUAUGUUAUGUUAUGUUUAUGUUAUGUUUAUGUUAUGUUAUGUUUACGUUAUGUUUAUGUUAUGUUAUGUUAUGUUAUGUUAUGUUAUGUUUAUGUUAUGUUAUGUUUAUGUUAUGUUUAUGUUAUAUUUAUGUUUAUGUUAUUUUACUAGCCUCUCUGGAGUGUCAACUAAUAAGCAAGGCCCUAUUAAACAGAUUGUGAAGUUCUUUCUCUCCUCCUUCCACAGUUUCUCCUCCCUGAGGGGAGCGGAGGUGAGUUUCGGCUGUGGGGUUCUGGCCAGUGGCAAGGCUCUGGUCUUCAACAGGGACAGCAGACGACACCUGGUGACAGCACCGCUGGACAGCUCUCAGGCCAGGUAGAGUACUGGGCUAGGGACACACACUCACAGGUGCAUACAGUACACUCAUGUGUCACUGUAUGGGAAAGGAAGAGGAAAGAGAGAGAGGGAGAGAGAAAAAAACGGAUAAUGUCUUGCCUUUUCAGUCCAUGUCUAUGAAUGAGACUUGGAGGUACCCAUGAAUAUACACAUUUACACACCUUCUCUAAGGGCCAGUUUCACAGAAUAGACUAUACUGGGAUCGUAUCAGGGUUCAUCUCAUAUGCUCAGCAUUCAUUAUAAUCGCUGAUUAAUAUUGGAGAAGUUCCAACAAGUCACCUCUCUCCUCUCCUCUGUCACCUAUUCCUACUUUCUCUCCUUCUUUCUCUCCUUCCCUCCAUCCCUGGGGUGUGAGAUGGAUGGGGACUGCAGAUGAAAGGAGAGAUGAGGGGAAAGGAAGAAUGAAAGAGAGUGAGGAAUAGAGUAGGAGAGAAGGAGGGAGAGAUGAGAUGGCAUCUGUGUUAGAUUGAUUAUGCCUUCUGUGGCUCCCUGUGUGCCACCUGACGGCCAUAUUUAAUACCACUUUCCUCGCAGAUUGAGUGAGCGCCUGCCUGCCAGAGGAAACUGGGCUGAUGAUUAGAGCCACACUGAGCCAGAGCCAAGGACAGAGCGAGCUGAAAGCUCAGUGUGUCACUGAGUGCAGUGUGUGUGUUUGUGUGUGUGUGUUUGUGUAUGUUUGUGUGUGUGUGUGUGUGUGUGUGUUUGUGUGUGUGUGUGUGUGUGUGUGUGUGUGUGUGUGUGUGUGUGUGUGUGUGUGUGUGUGUGUGUGUGUGUGUGUGUGUGUGUGUGUGUGUGUGUGUGUGUGUGUGUGUGUGGGUGCGUGUCUGCGUGUGUGGGUGUCUGUGUGUGUGUGUUUAGGGGGUUGAUAGAUACUGCAGCACUCUGGGUGCUAUCAUUUCUUCCUUAGUUGCUAAUAUGUCAACUCUCAGAGACACAUUAUGAGAGGAAGGUGUAAACAUGUCUAAAUGUGUCUGACUCUCUCCCUCUCUCUCUCUUUCUCUCCCCCCUGCUCUUCCUCUCAUCCUUCUCUUCUAUCUAAUUUUGUCCUCAUUCAUUUAAUCAUCUCAUCCAUCAUCCUGCCACCCCUCCUCCCCUCCCGCCCUUCCUUUCUCCAUCCAUGUCUAUUUACCCCCUUCCCUUCCCCUUUCACCUCCCCUCCAUUACCUUUUUUGUCUCCUUAUUCUUCUGAAUGUCAUUUUUCAUGUUUACCCUUUACACACCCAUCCCCCUCUGUCCCCCUCUGUCCCUCCAUUGUCAAUCUUACAAUCCGCUCUCGCUCUUUCUCUCUCUCUCUCUCUCUCUCUCUCUCUCUCUCUCUCUCUCUCUCUCUCUCUCUCUCUCUCUCUCUCUCUCUCUAUAUAUAUAUAUAUAUACAUAUAUAUAUAUAUCACUCUCUAUUGAUCUCAAUCAAUUUUCUCCUUUCUCUCUGCUGCCAUCCAUCACGUUUCCAUUUUAUCUCUACCCCUCUCCACCCUCCCCCUCUCUUCCACAGGUACCUCCAGUUCACUCUGCGUCUGGGAAGUCGUAGCAUCCUGAGCUCCUGUCCAGCCCCUGACCAACCAGGAGAAGGUGUAUUGCUGCACUUCUCCUCAGACAAUGGCAUUACCUGGACCCUGCUGCAACACUACGCUUAUCAGGGCUUCCACGAACCCAGGUACUGUACUGGAGGGGGUGGUGGGGUGGAGGUGUGUGUGUGUGUGUGUGUGUGUGUGUGUGUGUGUGUGUGUGUGUGUGUGUGUGUGUGUGUGUGUGUGUGUGUGUGUGUGUGCGUGUGUGUGUGUGUGUGCGUGUGUGCGCACACGCGUGUGUAAAACAGACCUAAGGCAUCUGUAAUACUGUUAACAUACAUAUUUCCUGUGCUAAUGGAUGCCUGGUGCUGAAAGGAGAGAUGUAACCCACAGGGACCCAUUGACUCAUUUAGUGCUGUCUACUGUGUGUUGUAAUGAAGACAAAUGGCUACACACGCACACACACACAGAGCUGGGUCUGGACCUCCUAGAGAACUCUUCAUCAGGGGGCAGAAGGCUGGGGGCAAAGUGUUGGGAUAGAGGUGUGAAUGCACAUGGUGUCUGUGUCUGCUGAGAGGAGGUAAUUGAGUCCAUAGCUGUGUGGGUUCUAGAAGAGCAUCAUCCAGACCCAGUCAGUCAGAGCCUUGCUAAUGUGACUCAUUCCAUCUGGACUGUUUGGAUUAUUUAGAGAACAUUGAUAACACUCCAUCCCACUUCCGCUCCUUCCUUUCCCUCCAUCCUCUCUCUCCACCUACCCUUAUCUCCUUUCUCUUUCUCCCUCUCUCCAUCCCUUCCUGUGUUCCUCUCUCCGUCCCUCCAUCCUCACUCUCCACCUACCUUCCCCUCCUCCCUUCAUUCUCAAUCCCCUCCAUCCCUCCUUCCUUCUCUCCUCUCCAGGAUCGUGUCAGUGGAGCUCCCCCCCGGUGCCCGUAAGUUUGGGGUGCAGUUCCGCUGGUGGCAGCCGUACCACUCUGGGCGUGGUCAUGACGUGUGGGCGGUGGAUGAGAUCACUAUGACCUCUGUGCUGUUCAACACCAUCAGUCUGGACUUCAGUAAUGUACUGGACGUCACUCAGAGUCUGGGCUUCUACCUGGGGCAUGUCCAGCCCUACUGCCAGCACGACUGGACACUCAGGUAUACUGAACCUAGGCUUCUCACUUUCCGGGCUACAGUCCUUCCCAAUUCUAUUCAGGCUAGUGGAGAGAGGUUGCACCUUAGCAGGUUGCUGUACACUGUCAUGUGGUGGUGAACUAUAGAAUUCUAGUUAUGUCACUGUCCAUCUCAGUGGUACUGAAUCAUUGCUAUUAGCUUAUGUUUUUUGGCUUUUACGCUAUCGGAACAAGACACAACAUACUCUCCCGGGGUAUAGUGUCAUCACGAAAUAAUAUGAAAUGUGUCCCUGUGUAAUUUACUCAAAUAAAACCAAAUGCUGCUAGCAAACAUUACCAGCUGCAACAUCAUGAUUAGAUAGAGCAGCUUUACAGGUCUUGGUAAAACCAUUCACCUCUGCUUCAGAUUGAGCCAAGAGAUGUGUAUUAACUGUUUCCCCCUACUGUGUUGUACUAUAGUUUUUCGGACCCCUGUUCCAGUAUGAACUACGUGGAUGAGCUCUAUGUGUUGUUAAUGUGUGUUAGCUAACCGUUUAUUGUACUGUAGUUUCUCAGGAGAGCCCAGCCCAGGCUCCAGUAUCCGCUAUGUCGAGACCCAGUCCAUGCAGAUUGGAGCCUCCUACACCUUGCAGUUCUCAUUGGUCAUGGGCUGCGGCCGAGACCCCUCUCCCCACAUCGACACACAGGUCCGCCUGGAGUUCUCCACCAAUCAUGGCCUGACCUGGCACCUGGUCAAAGAGGUGAGGAAGUAGUGAAAUAUAUAAUGAAUGAUCAACCAUAUGCUGGUACUAUAAAAGGCACAUAUAUAUUGAGUGUACAAAGCAUUAAGAAUACCUUCCUAAUAUGAGUUGCAGUCUCAAUUCAUCGGGGCAUGGACUCUACAAGGUGUCGAAAGCGUUCCACAGGGAUGCUGGCCCAUGUUGACUAUAAUGCUUCCCACAGUUCUGUCCAUUUGGCUGGAUGUCCUUUGGGUGGUGGACCAUUUUUGAUACACACAGGAAAAUAUUGAGCGUGAAAAACCCAGCAGCAUUGCAGUUCUUGACACAAACCGGUACGCCUGGCACCUACUACCAUACCCCGUUCUAAGGCACUUAAAUAUUUGUUGUCUUUCCCAUUCACCCUCUGAAUGGCACACAUGCACAAUCCAUGUCUCAAUUGUCUCAAGGUUUAAAAAUCCUUCUUUAACCUGUCUCAUCCCCUUCAUCUACACUGACCUUUCACCUGGAUUCACCUGGUCAGUCUAUGUCAUGGAAAGAUCAGGUGUUCCUAAUGUUUUGUACACUGUGUAUCUCUAUCUGUUUGACAGUCAUGGAAUUUGGCACACGUGCUCAGGGGUGUGAGUCUAGCUGACCUGUAGAUUAGAAUGUGGUUAUUUAUUUUUAUUUUUUAUUUGAGGAACAGCAAAGAUUUUACACCCCUGUUUGGAACAGUCCUAGUUCUACCUUUCUGUUUUGAUGGUCAUAUUAUUGUAUGGGAUAUUGGCCAAGUUAUUACUAUAAAUUAUGAAUUUAUCUCUUAGGAUAAUUCAUCAUUUUUUUUAUGAAUCAGGGCACCAGUCCAUUAUUGGACAAAAAUGAUAUUCUAAGAAGAUCUGACUUAUGAGUGAUAUUAACAAUAACACUAUAAGACAAAAUUGUAAUAAUUGAUUUAUCUGAAGGUAUAUCUGAUGAGCCUAAUAUAAGAUUUGUGAAUUUGUACCGUUUUCUAGAGCUUCUUUUGUAUCAGAGAAACACACAACAACAGGUAAAAUACAAAAGUUGAAUAAUAAAGAGUCAAAUGAAUCAAUGGUUACAGGAUGAAUAAUGAUAAUUGCAUGUGACGAAACAGGAUAAAUUAUGAAUUCAAUAGGUUGUUUACCAGCAAAUUGUUAGAGGAGGAUAUUCUCAAUUUGUAUAGAGCAUACUGAGAAAGGGUAUGGUCUAUGAAUUGUGAUUGGAGGAAUCAACUUAAAAGGGGCAAGUAAUGGUUCAGUUCUAAUGUUAAUGUUUAGCUGUUACUUAACUUAAACCUAAAGAGCUACACAUUACACAUCAUGCCAAUGCUGGGGAGAGAAAGGGCAAUUAUCUAUAUAGUUACACUCAAUAGAUGGAAUGGAGGUCUUUGGUCAGAUGACAGUGCAGCCGCACUAUCUGACGGUGAGUUGGCUUCACACAAGCUCGGAGGAGUCCUGGGAGGUUGGAGACUCAGAAAUGCGCGCUGACGCCAGGUAGAGGCAGAACAGUGUCCAACAAAGAGGUUUGGCAAGGAAUGAUAGAGUUUGCGGUUGUUGACUGAGAUCUUGACAGGAUCAGUCAGAUGCGAGCUGGUGAUCCGGAAUCCUUAGCUUGGCUUCAAUAAAAAAAGGACAAUUCGCAAGAGUAAGUCCUUGGGUGGUUCGUCCAGAAGUCGUCUCGACAGUUACAUCUGACAGCCAAAACAUUCACUGGAACUGAGGUGUGAAACAUUCCUCAGUCUUUUAUUCCCCCCAUUUGAGGGUAGUGUUCAAAGUAUUCUGCCUAACCAUCUGACCCUGCAUUAGGGAUUUGUCCAUAAGUGUCCAUAGCAUGUUCUUCAUGUGCCGUACACUCACAGAAACAGUCCAAUAGUGAAUUAAAUUAAGUUUACAGUCCGUAGACACCAAACAGGCAUUAGGUUACACAUUGCAUGGUUACUUGUAAUAAGCAUAUUAUACCUUCUAAUAACAUAGGAAAAACUAGAUAAUAUCACACAACAUACUUUACAUCAACACCAACAUUGGCACCAAACUGUAUGGCUGCCGUCUUGAGAGUUUCGACCCAAUUUUGCUCUUUUGUGAUUAUUUUGGUGUUUAUCUUAACUUUCAUGUAUCCGCGAUCAUUUCUUAUGAUCAGGGGUUCUAACCGGUUCAAAGAACAGAACAGAAAACAGGAAAAGAACUACAUUUUUAGAGGAACAGAAUCAGAACCGGGAGCGAAAGUGAUCUAUACUGUUCUGCAACAGAACCAUUAUUUUAAAAGCAUGGGAACCGGUUAAUAACGUUAUUUUACAUUCCGGGCAUUUUUUUCCAGUCCCACAACAGAAUUCAACAAAGCACCCAUGCAAAGCCCUCACUCUGUCACUCAGAAACAUAUUCCAGUGUCUGCCUGCCAGCUGAAAUGUUUUGCCAGUGUGUCUCCCGAGUGGCACAGUGGUCUAAGGCACUGCAUUGCAGUGCUAGCUGUGCCACUAGAGAUCCUGGUUCGAAUCCAUGCUCUGUCGUAGCCGGCCGCGACCGGGAGACCCUUGGGGUGGCGCACAAUUGGUCCACGGUAGGGGAGGGAAUGUCCGGCAGGGCUGUAGCUCAGUUGGUAGAGCAUGCCGUUUGCAACGACAGGGUUGUGGGUUUGAUUCCCAUGGGGGAACAGUAUGAAAAAAUAAUGUAUGCACUCACUAACUGUAAGUCGCUCUGGAUAAGAGCGCCUGCUAAAUGACUAAAAUGUGUGCGUGUGUAGGCAAUCUGCCCUUCCCCCUCCAAAGCAUAGUCUGGUAGCUUACAGAUGUUAAAAGUGGGAUUCAGAAAUUAGGGGAGAGAUUUUUAAUUAGAGAAGAAUAGAUUAACCUUUUCAAUGCUAGUUAAGGAUCCUACAUUUACAUUUUAGUAUUUUAGCAGACGCGCUUAUCCAGAGCUACUUACAGUUAGUGAGUGCAUACAUUUUCAUACUUUUUCAAAUUGUUUCACAUUGGAUUUAUUAACUACAGAAAUGUAAGACGUGUUUGUAUUUUAAUUCUGGUGCUGCUCUGCACACACAAGCUUGUUGGCUAGCUAGCUGGUCCAACGUUAAGCCAGUUCACAGACAUUCGAAGUUCCUUCAUAGAAGCCACUCCUCUGUAGGUAUAGUUCUGUGGGCCUAACAACAAGACGCCCACUGCUUCAAGCCAGAUUGGGAAAAGCGAUGAGGCUUUUCCCAAUCUUCCUGAACUCGAUAGAGUCCUCCGCAGCCUUGCACCUAAACCUCGCCCAGGUGACCGACCAUGUCCCAUCGUAGUGCGGUUCCAUCAAUACAAAGAAAAGGAGCUCGUCCUUCGGUGUGCAAGGGAACACGGCGACAUCACUUUCCAAGGCCACAAGAUCAAGUUCUACCAGGAUUUCACUUCUAGCCUGGCGAAGAAACGGGCCUCAAGUCCACUCCGCUUUGGGCUGAUUUAUCCUGCCCGUCUCCGUGUCACCUUCAACGGCGAGGUAAAUUUUUUCGAAACUCCUGAAGAAGCCGAGUUCUUCUACCAACAGCGCAUACAUUGAAUGCUUGGAUUGGGAUGAUUUCUCACCUGCCUGUAUUGUGUAACGUUAGUCCUUGUGACCGUGUGGCAUUAGGCUACAUACAUCUAUCUAUCUAUCUAUCUAUCUAUCUAUCUAUCUAUCUAUCUAUCUAUCUAUCUAUCUAUCUAUCUAUCUAUCUAUCUAUCUAUCUAUCUAUCUAUCUAUCUAUCUAUCUAUCUAUCUAUCUAUCUAUCUAUCUAUCUAUCUAUCUAUCUAUCUAUCUAUCUAUCUAUCUAUCUAUCUACUGUAUCUAUCUAUCUAUCUAUCUAUCUAUCUAUCUAUCUAUCUAUCUAUCUAUCUAUCUAUCUAUCUAUCUAUCUAUCUAUCUAUCUAUCUAUCUAUCUAUCUAUCUAUCUAUCUAUCUAUCUAUCUAUCUAUCUAUCUAUCUAUCUAUCUAUCUAUCUAUCUAUCUAUCUAUCUUUCUAUCUAUCUAUCGAUCGAUCAGUUUCUCGUGAAAUAAUCCUAUGCUAAAGCUUGCUGGCUACAGUAGGUACACUACCGUUCAAAAGUUUGGGGUCACUUAGAAAUGUCCUUGUUUUCAAAAGAAAAACAAUUUUUUUGUCCAUUAAAAUAACAUAAAAUUGAUCAGAAAUACAGUGUAGACAUUGUUAAUGUUGUAAAUGGCUAUUGUAGCUGGAAACAGCUGAUAUCUACAUAGGCGUACAGAGGCCCAUUAUCAGCAACCAUCAGUCCUGUGUUCCAAUGGCACGUUGUGUUUGCUAAUCCAAGUUGAUCAUUUUAAAAGGCUACUUGAUCAUUAGAAAACCCUUUUGCAAUUAUGUUAGCACAGCUGAAAACUGUUGUGCUGAUUAAAGAAGCAAUACAACUGGCCUUCUUGAGACUAGUUGAGUAUCUGGAGCAUCAGCAAUUGUGGGUUCGAUUACAGGCUCAAAAUGGCCAAAAACAAAGAACUGUCACAUCUCUUCCCGUUGCUCCCCUCUGGUACUCUGAUUCGCUGGUCUACUGAGCCACCGGUCUGAGCGCACCACCUUGGCAACACCGGAAUGGAAACCCAACGCACCCUAAUAACCUCCAGCGCACCUGCACCUCAUCAUCUCAUCACCACCCCUAUAUAGCCCUGGACUGUUCAGUGUUGUGUUGUGUGUGAUUCUUAGUGUCUUGUAGUGUACUUGCUCUUUGUUGUUCUCUUGCUCAGUGUUAAGUAAACCUGCGUCCUGCCUCUUCGUAUCCUCAGUACUCGUCACAAUAACUUUCUUCUGAAACUCGUCAGUCUAUUCUUGUUCUGAGAAAUGAAGGCUAUUCUAUUGGAGAAAUUGCCAAGAAACUGAAGAUCUCGUACAAUACUGCGUACUACUCCCUUCACAUAACAGCGCAAACUGGCUCUAACCAGAAUAGAAAGAGGAGUGGGAGGCCCCGGUGCACAACUGAGCAAGAGGACAAAUACAUUAGAGUGUCUAGUUUGAGAAACAGGCGCCUCACAGGUUCUCAACUGGCACCUUCAUUAAAUAGUACCCGUAAAACACCAGUCUCAACGUCAACAGUGAAGAGGUGUCUCCGGGAUGCUGACCUUCUAGGCAGAGUUGCAAAGAAAAAGCCAUAUCUCAGACUGCCCAUCUUAAUAUUUUAUUUUUAUUGGCCAGUCUGAGACAUGGCUCAGAUAUGACUGGAAACAAGUGUUUUAAUAAAAAAACUUGACUGUAAAUAUUUGUACAUACAAUAUUGUACAUAUUGUUGUAUAUAUAUUUUGCCCAAGAAAUAUCAUUAAAUUAUAAUUGUCUUAGAAAAGGGCAUGUCACUUUUGGUCAAGAGGAAGUAUCUGGAUCUGGACUUUAUUGCCCUGUUGUAUACUGGAGCAAAAAUGAUUCCAGCUUGGGCUCUUCAGGUUUGUUUAGAAUACGUGAGAUAGCAGGCUGAUUGGGGCCAUAUCCUGGCUCUGCUGGUCCAGCCUGGCACUUCAAAAGGGACUUCUUCUGGCCAGUGGGGUCAACUAGAGUUCCUGGUCUGAAGGGCCCCCUGUCCAGUAAAAGGGGGUUGUGUUGAUGUGAUGUUAGGGUCCAUUCCUACAUUAUUGUUCAUGACUUGGUGAAACUUCCUUCUGUAAGUCACCCUAGCUGGAAAAUAUCACAAAUAAUUUAUUCAUGAUCAUGAAUGUCAGUGUUUUUUAUUAUAAUGUUGGUAAUAACGAGUAAAUAAUGACACCUCUUCAAAUGAUAAAUAAUACAUUCAAAAACUCUUUAAAGUCUUUAAAUGUGUCACUUUGUUUCCGAUGAGGAAUUAUAGCCAUUACUUUUUUAUUAUCUCUCAGUAUAGGCAAAUACAUAAUAAUACUUGAAUCAGCAAGCAGAUUAUCGUACCAUUAUUCUACAAAGAUUUUAUCUCAUAAAUAUUCAUAAAGAACUAAAGUAGCCUCAUAUUAUUUUUGGACCUUCGGAGAUUGAACGAGUCUCCUACAAAUGAACUAUAUCGCCAAGGCCAAGGUACAAGAAAAUGUCAUCUUCCAACAAGUGCAGUGUAUAAUAUAGUAAUAUACCUUAAUUUACCUUCGAUAGCUUUAUGCCAUAAAGUCUGCUCACAUAUUAUCCAGUAUUAGGUCUGUUUAUGAGAUCAGCUGUUAGUGGAACUGACUGAGCUACUCUCCAGAGCUUCUGUACAGCUCUUUUGCGGAACUGAUGCAGCCAUACAUUCAUUUAGCAGACAGUUUUAUCCAAAGCCACAUACAUUAAGCGCAUUUAACUGAUGUAGGUAAAACAACCAUAAAACAUUUAGAUACUGGAAGAUCUAUAAUGAAGUUUGUCUGUACUGUCAGGUGUAUUAAAAUGGUGUGUUAUGGAGUUGACUGAGUAUUUUCUCCCCUUCCCAGGCCUGCCUACCAGGGAUGCCCAGCUGUUCAGAGUUCACCGCUCCCAGUGUGUACCAUCCCUCUGAGUUCACUGACUGGAGACGCAUCACUCUGCCCCUGCCUCAUAGAGCAUGGUGGGUAACACACAUUCUUUCAUCCAUACAGGUUGGUAUACCCAUUGACAGAAUGCUUUACGAAAGUCUGAGUUGUGCACAUUAAUCUCAACUCUGAAUUGGGCCCGCAGCGCACACACACAAUAUGAACACUCAGAUAUUCACACACACCUCCCACUCCCCUCUCCCUGAGGGCACUCUGACCUACAACCCCCCCCCCCAUCUCAUUUCCAUCAUGAAGGAUGCCUGGCCACCUCUGGGUCGAUUUUGGGUCACUAUUGCAGGGAACCAGCCUGCUAUGACUGCUCUGACUGUAACAAAUAAACCUAACUGGGUGUGGUGGCUCCACGAUCCAUCACCAUCACACAUGCAUGGCCAUGCACUAAAUACACAUUAGGGGUCUAGGUGGGGGUGCACUUUCAUUUCACAGACAUAAUCCACUGGUACUCAUACACAUACAUGUUUGUAUAUAGUUACACAGGUGAUGGAGCACCUCCAUCACAGACUGUAAAGCAAAAACACAUAUUGUAUAGUAUGGAUGGAUGCUAUAUUGAUCUGUGUCACCUCCCCAGCCUCAUUAGUGUUCUGGGGUUGUAAAAAAAUUGGUGUUCAAGCAAAAUAUUUCUCCAUUCGUGUUUUUAACAAUCUGCCAAUGCCCAUUUCAUCAACUGUUGGUAUCCCUGCUCACCAAAUGUAUAUCCUGGUCCUGAUGUUUGGUUAUGAGCUUUCCUAACAGUACAUUCAGGAUGGUUUGGUUCUCUUUGAUGUGUCUGCUUGUUGUCUGUGUGUGCAGGUCCAGUGCCACGCGGUUCCGUUGGAUCCAGAACUACUAUAGAGAGCAGGAUGAAUGGGCUCUGGACGACAUCUACAUCGGACAGCAGUGCCCUCAGAUGUGCCACGGACACGGAUGGUGCGACCACGGACACUGCAGGUCAGUGAGGGCCAGUGUUGGGGAACUUUACUUUUAAAAGUAACGGUUACAACAUUACUUCCAUUAAAAGUAACUUGUUACCUUACAAUGUUAUUUAGUGUGGUAACUCAGUACAUUACUUUUUGCAUUACCAGAAACAGAAAACCCUGCCUUGCACAUGUUGGUCAUUCUUAUGCCCAGUAGAGGGCGCACAGGGUUGGGAGUUUACAUGUAACCCUUUAUAUGUGAUCUGAUUACAAUUUUUUUUACUGGUCUGUUACGUUACCAUACAAAAGAUUGUAAUCAGAUUACAGAUACUUUAGAAAAACGACAUGAUAACUUCUAGGAUUACUUUGAAAGUAUGGGAGGCAGGUAGCUUAGUGGUUAAGAGCAUUGUGCCAGUAACGGAAAGGUUGCUGGUUCUAAUCCCCGAGCCAACUAGGUGAAAAGUCUGUCGAUGUGCCCUCGAGCAAGGCACUUAACCCUAAUUGCUCCUGUAAGUCACUCUGGAUAAGAGCGUCUGCUAAAUGACGUAAAUGUAAUGUUGGUGAAAAAAAAUUAUGACACCUUUCUGCUUUCUCAAAGACAUUCAAAUCAGCAUUGAAAAAAGGUUUAAGUUUGUUCCGCCUGAGUCUGACCACAAGUCAGAGACCACUAUGAUGACACACCACCAAAUGCGUUUGAUAGAUCACAGGAAAAGAGCAGUGUGGAUGGCUGUUCACAAAUGUAUAGGUGCAUUUUAACCCAAUAAUGGUUGAAUUCGAGAAGUGUAAACUGCGAAUCAAUCAUUGUUUUUGCGACCCGUGGACAGCCAGUGAAAAAUGUGUUCUUGCAACAGCUGCUUAGUGCGGAUCCCAGCCUAUCCCUUACAAACAAAGAUUGCAGUUUUGAACCUGCAGGAAAAGUGCAGUAACUGCAGUCGACUGUGGUAUUUUGGAUGCACUCACUGCAGUUAUACUGCACUCUAACUGCAGUUACACUGCAAAAUUACUGCAGUAAAAAAAACGCUGUUAAUGUGGACGCAGUAUUUGCAGCAUAAUGCAGUUAUACUGCACUCUAACUGCAGUUAUACUACAGUGUACUGCAGUGGAUGUAAUAAAAGUUUGAGGGAGUUCCUCCCUUCUAAACUACUAUCUGGUAUUGGGCUCCACAUACUGUCAAAAGUAAGUUUAAUUUAAGAAGACCAAGAGUGGGACUUGUUAUUGCUCAAUCUAAUUAGUGCUGAUUAACUAAAAAAUCCAUAGGCCUAACGGACACAUGCUCAAACAUGUGCACUUUUGAUAUACUUUAACAGCUGCACAUUUUUGAGCUAUCAACAUGUCACCAACAAAAACUGAAACAAUAGGGCUAUAGCAAAUGCAGCAUAUGGCAUUCAUUAUUCACAUGCAAAUAGCACGUUUCGGUAGUACUCAAGGCAUGCCAUUCCAUGACAGCAUCAUUUCUUGUUCAACCAUGUGUUGAAGCAAUGGGCCCAAUCAGUCCUCCAUGACAAUAAAAGCAUAAACAACAGAGUUGGCUAAUCUUUAGUUUCGGGAUUAUGUUCAGGUAAAACAAUUUGACUAAUCUCUAUUAGUCAAUAUAUAAUCUAUAAAUUCUUCUUUAAAAUCAAGCAGUAUUUAAUUAAUUGGAAUGAUUGGAAAUCUGAAGACUAUAGCCAAAUUGUGCUAUUAUAUGUAUUGAAGUAGAAAUCAAUGGGUUAGAAGCCUACAUAACCCAUAAAGUAAACUGCAACAUCCAUUUAUCGGCAGCUAUGUAAACUCUAACACUGAUUUAUCCUGCAAUAGAUGUCGUUCAAUUGGUAAUAUUCAUUUUAGUCUUCUUCUAAUGCCUCUUAAGGGGAAAGUAAUCUAAAAGUAACUGAAAGUAAUCAGAUUAUGUUACUGAGUUUGGGUAAUCCAAAAGUUACGUUGCUGAUUACAAUUUUGGACAGGUAACUAGUAACUGUAACAGAUUACAUUUAGAAAGUGACCUAAACAGCCAUGACUGUGCCUUUGAAUGGUUUACAUAGCCUACCAUCCGUAAUCUAUAACUCUGGGCUAUACCAACUCAAGUAAUAAUUACAGACGCAAUAUCUCCUUUACAAUUCUUUAAUAAAGAAAUUAUUGUCAAAUUAUUUACACAUAAGUAGAUACACAUAUAAAACCAACUGGGCACAGUAAAAGGAGAGCUCAAAUACAAGGACAAUUGGCUACCAAUCUGUUUUACACACAGAUACGAACUGGGCAGAGAGAUAUGAAAACAUACAAGUUAACACGAGCGAUAGCCCUUUCGAAAUUGUUAAAUACAUAUUGCACAUGCUAUUCAUGAAUCACAAACAGAUGGUCUUAUUACAUGAAAGUUUAAGUUACAGGAGCGUAGUCUUUUCAAAGUUAACAUGAGCAAUAGGCCUUUUCAAAUGGAAAAUGUAUGGACAUCAUAACAUUCAUGACUCAAAGUCACUGCAUUCCUCCAAAGUAGCAAUUAUGCCGCAGGAAAAGAAAAGUCUCUCAAAACCUCUGUCUGAGAGCCGGAGGACAGAGUCUCAGGACGAGACUCCCAAGACUAAAAAGUAUCUCCACAGGCUCACUCAUGGCCGUAACUACAUGAGGACACAGAGGUCCGGACCUCUGUAAUUUUUUAUAAUUUGAAAAAUAAAAGAAUACAAAUAUAUAUUUGUACACAAUCAAGAAACUCAGUUAUGGGUCAACAUCUUAAUAUUGCUUCCAGUGUUGAUCAAAGCUCAGAACGCUUAUAUUCUUGAUCUGACUGAGUUCUAAUCACGCUUGCCUCUGCGAACGAGUGGAAUCAUGAACAGUGGUUUAUUCGUUAUGUUUGCCUGCGUUACCCGGAUUUGCCUUUUUAGCAGCACAUUCACCACUCUCUCAAAUGGCUAACUCUGCCCUCUCGCGGCACAGGCAGAGGGCCUGGAACGUUAAACGGACUACCCCAGCUCAAAGUCGGCUCAAGUAGGCUGCUGCCAGUCUGUUUACGAAAUGCAGCACAAAAAGGCAAUUUUAAAACUGUCCCACGACUACUGCCGUGUCUACAGACAUCCCCCAAACAAACAAAAACCGACUCUCGGAUAAUGAGUGUACUGGUAAAUAGUCUCUUAUAGAUUUGUCAGUCAGUCAAUGAAUGCAUGCAAUAGGGGGCAGAGGAGAGAGAGCGAGAGAGAGGUUAGUACAGUGGUUCCCAAACCUGGGGUCGGGGCCCCACGUUGGGUCCCCUGACAAAAUCUGUACUAAUCUUAUCAAAACAAGUUAGGAACAAUUAAAAUGUAAGAUACAGUUUGUUUCAAUAUGAACAUCUCCACAUGGGCUAUAUUCCCUAUAGACCUACAUUAAAAUGCAAUCAAAAUGCAAACAAUACAGUUCUAAAAAUGUCAAAUGUUUUCGUUUAUAUCGGUGGUUGUUCGUCUUAUCUCCAUCGCCCACUGGAGUUUAUAGGUUACCCACUACCCACCUUUGUUUUACCACUACAUCACUGAUAUUAAUACAGAAUCGUAAAUAAUAUUUGAAUAAUUCAUGGAAAUGUGAUAAUACGAUCACCUGUGUGCUCCAUUGAUGUCUGUUUGUGUGGAGCUUGAUUAGUAAUGCCUAGGAAUACAAAUGUGAUCGCUAUGUAAUUUGAGAAAAUAUAUAUGUAUGCAGAGUUAAUGAUUUUAUGCAAUUCAUCGAAACAACUGACUGAACAGCUGCUGGUGCUAGGUGUCAGUGUGAAUCAUUUCUCAUAUUUCCCCACUCUCAGGGUUAUAACAUUACAAUUGUAUAGCUAAUAGGCUAUAUGUUUGUAGAUCGACUGAGGUGAUAAUGGCUCGGGUCAUUUUUGCUUGUUUUUGCACUUCUUUUUUAUUGUAUAGAAAUGCAUUAAAUGAGCUUGGGGAAACCAUUUAUAACCCUUUAUAAUUUCUUAUAAUCUCCUCUCCCCAGGUGUGAUGAAGGUUUCUCAGGUCCAGACUGCCUGGCCUCCUCUCCUCUUUCCUCCAGCGUCCUGUCAGACUUUGAGUCCCAGGAUGGUCUGCUGGCCGUGUGGCAGGAAGUGAUUGGUGGAGAGGUGGUAACACCUGACAUGGGCUGUGGGGUGGUCUCCUCUGGGUCCUCGCUCUACUUCAGCAAGGUAGGAUAACACAGUGACAUCAUACCCAGUGGGUAAAACUGGUUGCAAUGUUGUCAUUAUGACGUCUUUUAUAGCAUUACAUUUAACAUUUUAGUCAUUUAGCAGACGCUCUUAUCCAGAGCGACUUACAGUUAGUGAGUGCAUACAUUUUCAUACUGGCCCCCCGUGGGAAUCAAACCCACAACCCUGGCGUUGCAAGCGCAAUGCUGUACCAACUGAGCUACACAGGACUAGGUUGUAUACUGGUUGUAUAAGAAAGUUAGCAACCAGGCAAAGACGUGGUUAUCUGGUUAUCUGACCAGAUAACAACCAUAAAACAACAUUAUUAUUAUUAUUAUUAUUAUGUGUGUGUGUAACAGGCCGGAUUGAGGCAGCUGGUGAGCUAUGACCUGGACACAGAGUGGGCAGAGUUUGUGCAGUUCUACCUGCGUGUGGGUGGAGACUGGGUAGGAUGUAACAAGGCAGACAGCCGGGAGGAAGGAGUGAUGCUGCAGUACAGUAAUGACGGAGGAAUCAGCUGGGGACUCAUCGCUGAGAUGUACUUCACGGACUUCACCAAGCCACGGUAAGGAGGGACAAGUUCCUCUCAAGGGUUCUUCCUUUUAAGCCACUGUGCUUUUGCGUGCUCUUGGGGGUCUAGGCCAUGCAGGUUACUGGAAAGCACUUUGUGACUGGUGAUGUAAAAAGGGUUUUAUACAUUUGAUUGACUGACUGACUGACUGACUGUCUGUCUGUCUGACUGACCGGCUGACUGACCGGCAUACUGACUGACUGACCGUCUGACUGAUUUCUCCUCCCCAGGUUUGUCCACUAUGAGCUGCCACUGGCCUCUAAGACCCCGUGUACCCGGUUCAGAUGGUGGCAGCCCCUACACUCUGGGGACGGCUACGACCAGUGGGCCAUCGAUGACAUCAUCAUCUUGUCAGAGAGAGAGAAACACAUCAUCCCCAUGGCCAACCCCACUAUGCCACAGGUCAGUCUCUCAUUGGUUGACAACCCCACGCUGCCACAGGUCAGGAUUUCAUUAGUUGAUAACUGAAAAUAACUGACAAUCCUAUUGGCUGACACUGAGACAAAUGAUAUCAAAAGCCUUCUAUACUUUGUGGCAAUCUAUUUUAUUCUGGGAUGUACUGGUCAAUAUUAUCACAAUGAAAUAUAAACAUUUGAAAUUGUAUAUAGUACAUGCCUGAAUGUCUGAGCUCAUUAUGAUGCCGAACGUCAGCUAUUUGUCUACUGUUGCUCUAAGUUGCCUUAUCAAUAAGUUAAGGCAACUUAUUGGCUGCAAUGCUGCACCAUCCUUAACAUCCGCUCUCUCUCUGUUUGUAGAACUUCUAUGAGAAGCCGGCGUUUGACUACCCUCUGAACCAGAUGAGUGUGUGGCUGAUGCUGGGCAAUGAGGGUAUGGAAAAGGAGAGGAAACCGGCCCAG